UCCCGAGAGCCGAAGCUAUUUCAGAGAAGAAUCCACCUCAUGUUUCUCCGUUUGAAACUUUUCUAGCAGCAAGAGCCAUGCAAAUAGAGCUCUCUCUCAGCUUUCUCCUUUGCCUCCUACCAUUCAGCUGGAGUGCCACCAGAAAAUACUACCUGGGCGCCCUGGAACUGUCCUGGGACUACAUGACAAGUGACCUGCUCCAUCAGCUGCAUGCAAACCCAAGAUUGCUUCAUAGAGACUCAAGCCCUUUCCUCGCCAACACGUCAGCCCUGUUCAGGAAGACCGUGUUUGUAGAGUUCACAGAUCACCUUUUCAUCACCGCCAAGCCCAGGCCACCUUGGAUGGGUCUGUUGGGUCCUACCAUCCGGACUGAGGUUUAUGAUACAGUAAUCAUUACACUUAAAAAUAUGGCUUCUCAUCCUGUCAGCCUUCAUGCUGUUGGCAUAUCCUACUGGAAAGCUUCCGAAGGAGUUGAAUAUGAUGAUAAGACCAGCCAAAAGGAGAAAGAAGAUGGUCAAGUCCUUCCUGGGGAGAGCCACACCUACAUCUGGCAGGUCCUCAAGGAGAACGGUCCAAUGGCUUCCGACCCCCCGUGUCUCACCUACUCAUAUCUUUCUCAUGUGGACCUGGUGAAAGAUGUGAAUUCAGGGCUCAUUGGGGCCCUGCUGGUAUGUAGAGAAGGGACUCUGGCCAAGGAAAGUGCACAGACCUUCCACGAAUUCAUACUACUUUUUGCUGUAUUUGAUGAAGGGAAAAGUUGGCACUCAGAAGCAGAUGAAUCCCGGGCCUUGGAUGCAGAGUCCGCACCAACUCGGUCCUGGCCUAAAAUACACACAGUUAACGGCUACGUAAAUAGGUCUUUACCAGGUCUGGUCGGAUGCCACAGGAAGUCAGUUUAUUGGCAUGUGAUUGGAAUGGGCAGUAGCCCUGAAGUGCACUCCAUUUUCCUGGAAGGGCAUACCUUUCUUGUGAGAAACCACCGUCAGGCCUCCUUGCAGAUCUCACCAAUACAUUUCCUGACUGCUCAGACUCUCCUGAUGGACCUUGGCCAGUUUCUCCUGUUUUGUCACAUCCCUUCCCACAAACACGAUGGCAUGGAAGCUUAUAUCAAAGUAGACAGCUGCCCAGAGAAACCCCAAGUACGCAAGAAAAUCGUUGAAGAAGAGGACGAUUAUGAUUCUGACAUGGAAAUACUCAAUUUUGAUGAUGGCAUCUCUUCCCCCUACAUUCACAUUCGUUCAUUUGCCAAGAAGCACCCUCAAACUUGGAUCCACUAUCUUGCUGCUGAGGAGGAGGACUGGGACUAUGCUCCUGCAGUUCCCCCCUCCACUGACAGAGGUUGUCCAAGUCCACACGGAGACAACAACACUCGGUGGAUUGGUCGGAAGUACAAGAAGGUCCGAUUUGUUGCAUACACAGACAAAACCUUUCAGACGCGUGCAGCUGUCCAGUACGAAUUAGGAAUCCUGGGGCCUUUGCUUUAUGGAGAAGUUGGAGACACACUGUUGAUUAUGUUUAAGAAUCAAGCAAGCCGACCAUAUAACAUCUACCCUCAUGGAAUCACCCAUGUCAGUCCUUUGCACUCAAGGAGAUUACCAAAAGGUGUGAAACAUUGGAAGGAUUUUCAAGUUAUGCCAGGAGAGACAUUCAAGUAUAAAUGGAUAGUGACUCCCGAAGAUGGGCCAACAAAGUCCGACCCUCAGUGCCUGACACGCUACUAUUCUAGUUUUGUUAAUCUGGAGAGAGACAUGGCUUCAGGACUCAUUGGGCCUCUCCUCAUCUGUUACAAAGAAACUGUAGAUCAAAGAGGAAAUCAGAUGAUGUCGGACAAAAGAAACGUCAUCCUAUUUUCUGUAUUUGAUGAGAACCGAAGCUGGUACCUAACAGAGAAUAUGCAGCGCUUCCUCUCUAAUGCCUCAGGGGUACAGCCGCAGGACCCACAGUUCCAAGCCUCCAACCUGAUGUACAGUAUCAAUGGCUAUGUUUUUAAUAGUUUGCAGUUGUCCGUUUGUUUACAUGAGGUGGCAUACUGGUAUAUACUAAGUGUUGGAGCACAAACUGACCUUCUAUCUGUCUUCUUCUCUGGAUAUACCUUUAAACACGAAAUGGUCUUUGAAGAUACACUUACCCUAUUCCCAUUCUCAGGAGAAACUGUCUUCAUGUCAAUGGAAAACCCAGGUCUUUGGGUUCUCGGGUGCCACAACUCAGAGUUUCGAAACAGAGGCAUGACAGCCUUACUGAACGUUUCUAGUUGCGACAAGAACAUAGAUGAAUAUGAAAACAUAUAUGAAGAUAUUCCAAUCAAUUUGCUGACUGAAAAUAGUAUCAUUGAACCUAGAGCCUUUUCCAGGAGUUCAAGGAAUCUUAACUCUAGACAAAAUCAAAUCGAGGCCACCACCAUUCCAGAAUAUGACCUAGAGAAUCUCGACCCUCAGUUUGGAGAGAAAACACAGCUGCUUAAGACACAAAAUCUCUUCUCUAGUGAUUCGUUGCUGCUUUUGGGACAGAGCACUGCUCCACAUGGCUUAUCCUCAUCUGGUAUCCAAGAAGCUAACUAUGAGACUAUUCCUGAUGACCUUUCCCCGGAAAGAAGAGAAAGUAAGGAGAGCCCAUCUGAAGUGACACACCUCAAGCCAGAGCUCCAUCAGAGCUCCCUCAGAGAAAACUUGAAACUUGAUUUAAAUUUUUCUACUUCAUCAAAUAAUGCAAUUUCACCAGUAAAUUCAACAAACAACUUGCCAGCAGACACUGAAACGACAGACUCCUUAGGAUCCCUCAGGACACCAGUUCACCUUAGUGGUCAACCGGAAACCAAGUCCUCUCCUCUUAUUGGGUCUGGUGUACCUUUGCGUGUGAGUGAAAGAGAUAAUGAUUCUACGUUGUUACAAGUAGCUUUCGGGAGUAGUCUAGAAAGUUCACCUGGAAAAAAGAUAUCACCAAUGGAGAGUAGUAACUUAUUUAAAGAGAAUGAAGGUCAUGGAUAUGCUUCUUUGAUCAAAGAUGAAGCUGUAUUAAAAGGUAAUAUUUCUUUAGUAAAGGCAAGCAAAGCACCCAAUAACUCAAGGACAAAUGGAAAGACUCGCAUUGAUGACCCGACAUUAGUAACUAAGAAUCUUACAUCAGGAAUAUUAGAAAAUAAUACUGAGUUUCAAGAAGUGACUGCUUUGAUUCAUAAUGAAAUGUUUAUAGAUAGAAAUACAACCUAUUUGGGGUUAAAUCAUGUAUCAAAUAAAACCAUUUCGUCAAAAGAUGAGGAAACAGUUAACCACAUGAAAAGGGCGCUUGCGUCGCCAGAUGCAGAACACCCAGAUUCAGCACAUUGGACUACAAGCACCCCUGGAAGGAACUCCUCGAGCUCAGAAAAAGGGCCCAGUGCAAAGCAGCUCAUAGCCUUGAGCUUAGAAAAUUCUGGGAAAGAUCAGAAUUUGUCAGAGACAAGUAAGGUGGCAGCAGGAAAGGAUGAAUUUUCAAAAGACACAGGAUUCCAAGAGAUGAUUUUUCCAAACAGUAGAUUAUUUUUUACAAAUUUGACUAACGUGCAAAAAAAUGAAACCCCAAAUCAGGUCCGUAACGAAACAUUAAGACAAAGGAAUGCAGUGGUUCCAGUCUCUGGUGCUAAGAAUUUCCUGAAGACACUCCUCUUACUAAGCACUAGGCAAAAUGUUACAAUGUCAUUGACUAAUUCAGCAAACAGAUCCGGGCUUCCCAAUGCCCACUUCCUAAAAGGGAGGGAGCAAACAAACUUGGAAGGCUUGAGAAAUAAAACGAAGCAAAUGAUUGAGAACCAUCCGAACCCCACAGGGAUGUCUUCUAAUCCAAGUCGGGAGAAUGUUAUCACUCAACAUGAUAAGUGGACUUUGAGACAAUUUGGAUCCUCUCUAGAAGGAAAGGAGUUUGAAAAUGACACCUCAACCCAGCAUUCAAGAAGCGUGAAGAAUUUGACCCAAGGCCCCCUCACAAAGGUACACUACAAUGAAAAAGAGAAAAUGACCACAGAUCAUUCUCUAAGAAGUCAUGACUCCGCAUUACCCAUGGCACUUCCAACAGUUAGCUCUGCAGACCUGACCAGGAUAGCAUCCCAGGACACCUCUUCUCGGUUUCUAUCAUCUGCCUAUCAUUCAAAUUUUAGCGAGAAGAGUUCUAGUCUCCAACAAAGUAAUAACUUAUUACAAGAAGUUGAAAAAAAUAACCUUUCUUCAGCUAUCCUCACUUUGGAGACGAUUAGAGGCCAAGAAAAUGCCCCAGACCCACACAAGCAUGAGAAACGUGACAACAGUUUUCCCUUGAAACCUGAACUAGCUGGAAAAGUUGAAUUGCUUCCUCAAAUUCAUCUUUAUCAGGAGGACACUUUCCCCACUAAUGGUUCUCCUGGCCACCUGAGUCUCAUGCAAGACAUCUCCCGUAAAAAAACACAGGGGGCUGUUACAUUGAGUGAAGGCAACAGACCUGGAAACAUGCCUUUUCUGAAAGGGACAACAGAAAACCCUAACAAGAUUCUCCCCAUGCUACCUGGUGCCCUUGCUCUGGAUAACCAGUAUGCUGCCCAGACAUCAAGAGAAGAGUGGCAAUCCCAAGAGAAGUCACCCCCAAACACAGCUUUUCAUACAACAGACACCCUUUGUCCCCUGAACCAUUGUGACAGCAACCAUAAACUAGAAGUGAUCAAUGAGGGACAAGAUAGGCUUCAAACAGAAGCCGCUUGGCCAAAGCCAAGGGAGACUGGACAGUUAGACUCUGAAGACCCGCUGGCCAUGAAACACCAUCAUUUAAGGGAAACAACCCUUAUAGCUUUUCUACAAGAGCAAGACAAACUAGACUAUGAUGAUUACCUCUCAAAUGAAAUGAAGACCGAAGACUUUGACAUUUAUGACGAGGAUGAAAAGCAAGGUCCUCGCAGCUUUAAAAAGGAACCACGACACUAUUAUGUCGCCGCAGUGGAGCAACUCUGGGAUUAUGGGAUGAGUAAAUCUCCCCAAGCUCUAAAAAACAGGGCUCAGGAUGGCAAUGUCCCUCAGUUCAAGAAGGUGGUUUUCCAGGAAUUUACUGAUGGCUCCUUUACUCAACCUGUAUAUCAUGGAGAAAUAAAUGAACACUUGGGACUUUUGGGGCCAUAUAUAAGAGCAGAAGUUGAAGACUUUAUCACGGUGACUUUCAAAAACCAAGCCUCUCGUCCUUACUCCUUCUAUUCUAGUCUUAUUUCUUAUAAGGAAGAUCAGAGGCCAGGAUCAGAACCCGGAAAAAAUUCAGUGAUGCCGAAUGAAACCAAAAGCUACAGUUGGCAAGUGCAGCAUCAUAUGGCACCCACGGAAGAUGAGUUUGACUGCAAAGCCUGGGCGUAUUUCUCGGACGUGGACCUGGAAAAAGACCUGCACUCAGGCUUGAUUGGACCCAUUCUGAUUUGCCAUGCCAACACACUGAGUGCUGCCUAUGGAAGACAACUGACAGUCCAGGAAUUUGCUCUGUUUUUCACUAUCUUUGAUGAAACCAAGAGCUGGUACUUCACUGAAAACAGAGAAAGGAACUGCAAGUCUCCUUGCAAAAGCCACAUAGAGGACCCUGAUUUUAAAAAGAACUAUCGCUUCCAUGCAAUCAAUGGCUAUGUGAUGGAUACUCUGCCUGGCUUAGUCAUGGCUCAGGAUCAAAGAAUUCGGUGGUAUCUGCUCAGCAUGGGCAGCAAUGAAAAUAUCCAUUCUAUUCAUUUCAGUGGACACGUGUUCACUAUACGGAAAAAAGACGAGUAUAAAAUGGCAGUCUACAGCCUUUAUCCAGGUGUAUUUGAGACCAUGGAAAUGCUGCCAUCUAAAGCCGGAAUUUGGCGUAUAGAAUGCCUGGUUGGAGAGCAUCUGCAAGCGGGAAUGAGUGCUCUUUUUCUGGUGUACAGCCAGGAGUGUCAGACUCCCCUGGGAAUGGCUUCUGGACACAUUAGAGAUUCUCAGAUUACAGCUUCAGGAUAUCAUGAACAAUGGGCUCCAAAGCUGGCCAGACUCCAUUAUACUGGAUCAAUCAAUGCCUGGAGCACCAAGGAUCCCUUUUCCUGGAUCAAGGUGGAUCUGUUGACACCAAUGAUUAUUCACGGCAUCAAGACCCAGGGUGCUCGCCAGAAGCUCUCCAACCUCUACAUCUCCCAGUUUAUCAUCAUGUACAGUCUGGAUGGGAAGACGUGGCACGGUUAUCGAGGGAAUUCCAGAGGGACCUUAAUGGUCUUCUUUGGUAAUGUGGAUGGGUCUGGCGUCAAGCACAACACUUUCAACCCUCCAAUGAUCGCUCAGUACAUCCGCCUGCACCCCACCUACCAUAGCAUCCGCAGCACUCUUCGCAUGGAGCUGAUGGGCUGUGACUUAAACAGUUGUAGCAUGCCGCUGGGAAUGGAGAGUCGAGCAAUAUCCGAUGGACAGAUUACUGCCUCCUCUCACUUCACCAGUCCGUUUGCCACCUGGUCUCCCUCGCAAGCCCGGCUUCACCUCCAGGGCAGGACCAAUGCCUGGAGACCACAGGUGAAUAAUGCGCAAGAGUGGCUGCAAGUGGACUUCCGGAAGACAGUGAAGGUCACGGGCAUUAUCACCCAGGGUGCCAAAGCUCUCCUUACCAGCAUGUAUGUCAGGGAGUUCCACAUCGCCAGCAGUCAAGAUGGCCAGCACUGGACCCCCUUUCCUCAGGAGGGCAAGGUCAAGGUUUUUCAGGGAAAUCAGGACUCUUUCACACCGGUGGUAAACUCUUUAGACCCACCACUAGUGACGUCCUACCUGAGAAUUUACCCGAAGAAAUGGAUGCACCACAUUGCCCUGCGGCUGGAGGUUCUGGGCUGCCAAUCCCAACAGCACUACUGAGGGCAGUGCUGUGGCCUCUGGUGGUUCCCAAGCUCUGCUUCCCAGUCCAGGCCCUCCUGGGAGGGGGAGGGGGACGCUGGGGGCCCUCCAGGCAAGACGGCAAGCACUCUCUCAGCCAGCGCAGCUGUUUGGGGGAGAAACGCCUUUCUGCUGUAAGCACUUCGGAAACAGCUCCAAACAUUUCAUCUAAAACGCUCGCUUAUUUAUUAUCCGAGUCAGGCACGGGACAUUGCAACACCUGCAGGACAGGAAGUGAACUGUCCUUAUGUCCUUCCAGCAAAAGAAAGCAAACACCCAAAGUACACGUUGUCUGGACACAGUGCCUUCUAAAUGGGGGGCUUUCUUUUCACGUGUGUUGGGCUGACAGCAGCACAGCCUUGACAUGAAAAGACAAGCGAGUCGUCUGUCCAGCUGUAAUAUAGAGACCAUGUGAGAACCUCCUGGUAAUGAACUUGUUAUUCCCUUUGGGAUGUUGUUAGUGUACAGUCUGACGUCAAAAGGUCAUGUGCUUCAACAGAAAUGAUAUACACUCAGAGUUUAAAGGGGGGGAUGGUCUUAAAGGAGUUCUGUUUAAUUUCAUGUAGUAGAACUAAUGAAGCUACUUGGUCUUAAUUCUAAGCAACAAAAAUAUAGAUGUAUUGGGAACCUUGACAUACAGUGACCAUGUGACGGCCAGGAAAGGUCAUGAUGCUCAUAGACUUCUAAAGGACAGACUUCUAAUCGUUCUGGGAAAACUGACAAGAACCCAUUGCUCUCUGGGAUAAACUCACUGCCAACAAGUCAAUUCCGACUCACAGCGACCCUAUGGGACACAGGAGAAGUGCCCCUGUGGGCUUCUGAGAUGGGCCCAAUGUACUGGAGCAGAAAGGCCAGCAGCUGGAGAGCGCGAACCUCUGACCCUGUAGUUAACAGUUCAGUCCAUAGCCCACUGCCCCACGAAGGCUCCUUAAUCCAGGAGAGUAGCUUCCAAUACUAUAAUUCUAACACUGCAAAAAUAAAUGUUAAAAAGACACAACAAAAGUUCAGCAAAGGCAACGCUUUCUAUUCAGGCAAGUGCAGUGUCUAACCUAGACAGUAAAAACAUCGAGGAGUCAGAAGAAAACUGAGCAAGGGGAUAAAAGAGAAAACACGGCAGUCUGCUACAGCAACCACACCUGAGGAACCGUCACUAGGUUUGGGAAGGGUUCACUGUUCCUGAGAAGGCUCGAGCGGGUGAAGGGGUUGGAAGGUGCAUCCCAAGUUGGCCAGCCAAGGCCAUUGAAAAACAAGAGUUCUUAGUGUAAUCGAAGAUUUAUCCUGCUCUCAGAUAAGGCAAGAGAAAUACUGCUUUUGUUUUCUGCCCCCUCCACCCACAUAUUACCUAGUAAGACCUGACCUCAUCAAAUACUGUGACUCCGCUGUCACCAGAGGGUUGCUUAAGUCCUGUGAGCUUCUGUAAAGUUCGAGGCUAACUUACAGAAAUCAAUACGUUGAUUUGUUUUAUAACUCAGCGGCAAAGGUUAACGGUGUGUUUUGGGUGGUUGGUUGUUUUCUUUUUCUGGUAAAAGAUUAACCAGCAAUCUUGUUUUGGCACUCUUUUCUCAUGGAUUCUAUAAAUCUCCAUUUCUCAAAUUCUUUUGUCUUCUUUCUGAUUUCCUCAAUAAAAUACUGAUGUGUACAAA